UCUUCCCUUCUUCAUUAAAAUACAGAAUAUCUAAAGCUGAAAAAAUUCAACAUUCUGGUAGUGGAUUGGGGACAAUUGGCUAUGGACGGAUGUUACUUCGAUACUGCUUUUCCCUGUAUUUCACUUAUAGGGAGAUGUUGCGCUGAGAUGGUUAAUUUUAUACUCCAACACAGACCAGAAAUAACCGUAGAUCAAUUUCACGUCGUUGGUUGGAGCAUGGGAGCUCAAGUCAGCGCUCGAUUCGGAGUCCAUUUCAGACCAAAAAUUGUUCCUCGAAUUACCGGUUUAGAUCCCGCGUUUCCAAAAUUCUUUUGGCCUUUCACAGUAGCCCAUAAUAUACUAAAUAGACACCAUGCUAAAUUUGUUGAUGUCAUUCAUUCAAAUAUGGGACAGUAUGGAGUAUAUUUCUCAGACGCUCAUUAUGAUAUUUAUGUUAAUAAAGGGACAUCUCAGCCUGGAUGUGAUGGGGAUGUGUCCUGCAGUCAUCGUCGGGCGACAGAGAUGUUUGCCGAAUCCAUCAACUCGAAAGUAAAAUUUAUUGCUAGAAAGUGCGAUCACAAUUCGUAUUUCGUUACAUUCAGGAGCUGCGAUGGAAAUUCAAAAAAACGCAUAGAAGUGGGCGAAUAUUGUAAGCCACCAGUCGAUGAAAAGGACACAGGUACUUAUCAUCUUCAGACCAAUGACCAUCCUCCUUAUGCGAUUCCUCCCAAGUGAGAUAGGUGUCUACAAUUGAAUUGAAGUGAACUGAACGAUGAACGUUUAAUAAAAAUGAACUGAACGAUGAACAUUUAAUUUAAAUUAAGUACCUACUUUAAACUUUGAAGUCAUGUUUUCAUUCGCCAGAUUUAUUUGUAGGCCUAUUUCAAUUUUCGCAGGUAGAUAAAUAAAAUGAAAAUGAGAACCGA